CCACCCCCCUCCCACAACACCAGAAGGAGGGGGAGGAAGAGGAGGAAAGAAAGGAAGGGAGGGAGAGAGAAAAAAAGAAGGGGCCGAAUCAAAGCCCUCCUUCCCCUGAUGAGAUGUCACUGGCGGACGCCUCCAGCAGGCGAACCGCCUCGCUUAGCAAUAGGAAAGGAAAUCUUAAAAUAUAUCUAUCCAGCAGUCCGGGCAUUUUGGAGACGGUGGAGGCAAGAAAACGAAGAUCCACCCCCACCCCCCAAUCACACAGAUAUGCAGGAGGGCGCGCACUGGCGGCGGCGGCGGCGGCGGGGUGGGGGCUCCGUCUGCCUGCUCUACUCGUCUCCCUUCCUCCUCCUCCGCCCUUCGUCUCUCCCCCCCCCACGCCCCGCAAUCGGUACACAGAAACAGGCACACUCGCGCUCACCGUCGACACCGACCGGCCAGGGACGAUCGGGGGCUUGGUGCUCCGGGAUGCACGGGCCUCUAGCCUCCCCCACCCGCCGUCCAGCCCCGCCUUGCAAUCCCUAGCUUCCCAGCGGCCCCCCGUCUCUCCCCAUGGCGUGAGAGCUCCCGUUGCCUGCCGGGGACCCCUUCUCGCCAAGGAUCGCGCUCUCGCGCGCUCUCUUCCUUGCUGCGAACGCCCCCUCCCGGCAGACUCCACCGGGCAAGGCGAGGUGGCGGCGAAGGGGAUGCGAAGGAAGUGUAUAAAUAGGUGUCUACUGAUCCUGCAACUCCAUGCAUGUGAAGACGUGGCUGCAGUCCACAAAACCUCAAGCGACAUAAAACUUGCUCAUCUUAACGUGCCACAAUGCUGUUGGUUUUGCUGCUUUACCUGAAGAUAUUAAGGAUGGAGUUUACACUGAAGCCAUGAGCUCCGCAUCUGAGCCAUGCCUCUCCCCACCCUGGC